UGUCGUUAUUGCUUUUGGUUUUCUUACGUUUAUGACUUUAAAAUGUCUUUUAGCAUCAUUUAUACAUGUUUGUCACAAAUCGGAUCCUGACUUGGAGCAAUGUUUAAUGAAAUCAGUAGAAGAAAUAAGACCCCAUUUAGUUAAAGGAGCGCCGGAGUACAAUAUUCCAAGUUUGGAACCUCUCAUAAUGCAAGAGUUAAUAUCCGAAGAAGCAGUUGGAAUGAAAAUUUUAACUACCAAUGUCAGCGCUUAUGGCUGCUCGGAUUUCAUUGUCAAGGGAAUUAACGUGGAUUUGGACAAACAAGUAUAUGAGUUACAUAUUGACAUUCCAAAAUUACGAAUUGAAGCAGACUACACUGUUGAUGGAAAACUCUUACUUCUCCCAGUACGAGGAAACGGAAAUCUAGAAGCUAAUGUCACUGAUUGUGUUUCUACUUGCAUUCUGCAGGGAGAGCUAUAUGAAAAGGAUGGAGAAACAUAUUCUCGAUUUAUUACAAUCGAUUUGAAAACUAAAGUCGGUGGUGGACACGUUCGUCUUGAAAAUUUAUUUAAUGGCGACAAAGUGAUAUUAGGACUUAUGAACGACGUUAUAAAUAAAAAUCUGGACGCUUUUCUUCAAGAAUUAAUGCCUGUCAUUGAUAAAGCGUUAGGUCACACAUUUUUGCAAAUAGCUAAUGAUAUUGUUAGCAGGUGGACUUUAAAUCAAUUGUUUCCUCAAUGAAGUGACGUAAAAUAAAAAUACUGAUGGUAAAUAA